AUGCAGCAACUUGCAAUGGACAUGUCGCCCCCUAUACAUCGGUGGAUGAAGGACGACUUGGACAGAUCAGUUUUCCAGAAAUCAAUCAUGGUCCUUGCAGCCCGUAUCCCAGCUCAGAAGACCACUACAUUUUUGAAAUCAGAUGUAUUGCGAAGGUACAUCGUGGAUGUACCCAAGAUCCGUAGCGUCGUGUGGGAUCCAUCCGACAUGCAGGGCCGACGCUUGCUGUUAUUCAAGGUCGCGACGGAAGCCGCCCUGUCGUCGGAAGCACGUAUAUUUCUGACGGAGCACUCGGCUGAACUCGUCGACCACACGAUCCACUUGAACUACGACUAUUGGACAGCAGACGACAUCUUGCAAGCUGUACUCCCUGAGGAGCUGCUCGACGGCUCUCCGACAGGUUUCUCUAUAACCGGACACAUCGCGCACUUGAAUCUUAACAAAGAGUACUUACCGUACAAGAAGAUAAUAGGCAAAGUCAUUUUGGACAAAAAUCCAGCCAUCAAGACCGUCGUAAAUAAGAUCGAUAGCAUUGACACUAAAUUUCGAUUCUUCAAGAUGGAACUACUCGCUGGCGAGCCUAAUUUUAUCGUAGAGCAUCACGAAUCCAAUUGUCGCUUUACCUUUGAUUUUUCCAAAGUUUACUGGAAUUCCCGGUUACACACGGAACACGAUCGUCUUGUCCAACUUUUCAAGCCAGAAGACGUUGUUGCGGAUGUUUUUGCAGGCGUUGGACCUUUCGCAAUACCGGCCGCCAAGAAGGGAUGUGCUGUGCUGGCGAACGAUUUGAACCCGGACAGUGCGUAUUUUUUAUCGACGAACAUUGUUAAAAAUAACGUGGUCGACUUGGUCCGUGCUAGUUGUGAAGACGGUCGUGACUUCAUCCGAAAUGCGGUCUUCAACGUCAUGGAGAACCCGUUUCCUCCAUAUUCUGGACCAAAGCUCAGCCGGCUCAAGGAAAAACAGUCACGUCGUGAUCAACAAGCACCGCUUCAAACUCCUACUCUGCCCCCAAGGAAGGUCAUUACGCGCUUUGUUAUGAAUUUACCCGAUUCCGCCUUAGAUUUCUUGGAUGCUUUUCGGGGUAUAAUGGUCUCACGAGACGGGACUGGAGAAGGACCAGGCAGGCUAUACGAUGCUAUGCCAAUGAUCCACUGCUAUUGUUUCACACGGGAGCUGGAACCGGUCAAAGCGGAAGCGGAUAUAAGGCUGAGAGUGGAGGCAAAGAUUGGGCACAAAAUUGAGGAAGAUGUGGACUUGCACUUGGUGCGAUCAGUUGCUCCGAACAAGGACAUGUACUGCAUUAGCUUUAGGUUGCCGCGCUCUGUGGCUUUUGCGCGGUAA